AUGCCAAUUGCAGCACUCCCACCGAACGCCGUUCGAGCCAUCGGCUCUUCACAAGCGCUUACCGAUUCUGCUUCUGUGGUCAAGGAAUUAAUAGACAACGCUAUUGAUGGUCGGGCUACUACCAUCUCUGUUGAAAUAUCUGCAAAUGCACUGGACGACAUUCGAGUUAAAGACAACGGUCAUGGCAUUGCUCCAGACGACCGUGCCAUGACGUGCACAAGACACUGCACGAGCAAGAUAAGAGAUCUUCAUGAUCUCGAGAAUAUUGGAGGGCGCUCUUUAGGCUUUCGAGGGGAAGCGUUGGCGAGUGCAGCAGAGAUUAGUGGGAGUCUUACAAUUACCACCCGGAUAGAGGGCGAAGGCACCGCUGUGGAGCUCAAGUUCGAUCGCAAGGGUCAGAUCUCGGGUAAAAAGCGCACAUCUCAUCCAGUGGGAACGACCGUCAGGGUCGAAAAGUUCCUCCAAAACCUGCCCGUUCGCAAACAAGCUGCUGAGAAGAUAGCGGUGAAGAUUCACGCAAAAGUCAAAAGGAUGCUACAAGCUUAUGCCCUAGCACGGCCGCACCUACGCCUGUCGCUAAAGAUUCUGAAGGCUAAAGACAGGAAAGGGGACUGGACGUAUCCAAAAAGCGGAGCAAUCAGCGCUUCACGACUGGAAGCCAGCUUCAAUGCCGCCGCUGACAUAUUUGGCAAGAAGCUCACGAGCCAGUGUGAAUCGACAUUUUCGAGCUGGUCAAGCACUGGAGAGCAGAUCGACGAGGCCACGAGUGAACAAUUGGGGCCUAGCGCUAGCAGAGACGAAGCGUAUACUCUUGAGGCUAUAAUGGCCAGACAGGACUGCGAUUGCUCAGUACUGUCCAACGCUGGCCAGUAUCUAUCAGUGGACUCGAGACCGGUUUCAUGCACAAGAGGAACUUUGAAGCAGAUCAUCUCAUCAUAUAAAUCUCAUUUACGUUCUGCUACGGUCGGCGAAGACAAUGCAAGGAUUGUGGACUCUUUCUUGUGUUUGAAUAUCGCUUGCCCGCCAGGAGCAUACGAUGCAAAUGUUGAGCCAGCCAAGGAUGACGUUCUAUUCACUAACUCCGAGUUGCUUCUCGAAAUAGUUGAAAGAUGGUUCCACAGCAUUUACGGCGAAGUCCAGCCUAAUUUUUCCAAGCCGUCAGCAAAAACCGUAUCUGCGCUUAAUCCUCGCGGUAUUGAACUAUUGCUCGCUCGAACAAUUGCGCCUGUCGAACCUGCUCCCGUGGGCAUUUCCCGGGUGGGUGGAUCUACCCUUCCGGCGCCUCGGUCAGCAUCUAAGUUGACUACUCACCCUCAACCACAUUCAAGUCCUCUAGCGACCUCUGCCUUUGAUUCAUCGGCUGCAGCACCUCCUUGCCAGAAAAGUGAUGAAAUCUCCGGAGCAAUCAGCCAUUCAAUCACGGAUUCUCCAGCCACUGAUGAAACCCAAACAGGAGCACCUCGCGGUCCCCCACCGAGUCACGAUUUCUCCACACCUAUGCUGUCAGAGGACGCUGGCCUCAGGCCCUCUAGCAACGCUGUUCCUGUCGAAGGGAAGCCUGGUUGGAUCGGUUCCAUGUACGCAGAGGAUGAAGACGACGAAGACCUCGAACUCGAUCUGCGAGGACGCCCCAGAUCAUCUGCGGAUAUUGACCCGGACGGAGAGGAACCUCUGCGUGAUGUCAACGUAUCGAAUCCAUGGGCUUUCGCUAAGCUCAACGCAGCAAUGCGCCCCUCAGGUCGUAACAAGCAACUCCACACGCCAAGACGACAAAUCGGCGAUAUUGGCCAUUCCCCUGAUCCAUCUUCAGACGAUCUGCCACGGGGUCUAGAUCCGUCAUUGGCGGAAAAGCCUUUGCGUCGCGUUCACCAGGCUCACUCUUCAUCUGAGGCAGCUUACCCAACGCCAAGCCCUUUCCCAUUCCCUCAAAAAGCUCGUGGAAAGCGCAAGGCCGGCGAUGCUAGUGUCGACGCUUUAUCAACGCCUGCACCAUCAAAAGGGGAGCGUCACAGACGUGGAGCGUUGGAUACUUGGGUGCAGAAGUCGCUUGGUGGAUAUGACGAGCUUGGCGAUGCCUUUAACACCGUGCAGAGGUCGCUCGGUGGCUAUGACGAGCUUGAUUAUUCCCCUAACACUCUGCAAGAAGAUCCAGGUGCACCAGACCAGCCAUGUUCCCGUGAUUUUGUCUCAGCAAGAUCCCUACCGCCAGGUGGGACACCGCUCAGUGAGAUCCCAGACGCAUCCCAACGAGCACGACGGAAACCCGGGCCACGGAAACAGCAACAAGGCAACAUCGACAAACCAUUCAUAUUUCCCGUCAAUGACCCCAAUCGCGUCUGGUUCGACACAAGAGAAAAUCCACUACAAAAGCGACCUCAAAGACUACGCCCAAACAAUGACCAUCAAGACAUACCUACAGUACCCACCCUCAUCCUUCGCGACGAUGAAAUCGAAGAAGACGCGCCAAUCAUAUCAGCCUCUGCAGAGCGCUCACUACCACCUAUACAUCCCGACUUGGCAAUAACGCUCGACUACGAAGCCCGCAAGCAAAAGGCUGGAGAGGCACACAGAAAAGUAUUGCGGGAGCAAGCCGCUGCCGCAAAGCUCGCCAGCAAAGCACCGGCAGAUGGACCCAAUCCUCUUCACCCUCAGCACGCCACCACGUCGCCUCACAAGAACCGCCAAGCCAAAGCAAUCGCCGCCUUACAUACUUCAGACGGGCCUUCGCCCGCAACGCCAUCGCUCGGAGCGGAAGGGACCGCAGCACUCGAACCCUCCGACCCCCGCGCCUACCUCCUGCGCAUGCAGCAACAGGGAGAACAAGCACCAGAGUCACAAAGAGGGAGGUCGAAGAGGCAGAAGACGGCUAUGUUGCCGUUAGAGACUGUGCAAGAAGGGAGUUACAUCGGCGAUCUGAGUCUGAUGGUCGAAGACGUCAAUGUGGGGGAUGUGGAGGAGGAUAUGAAAGACAGUGGCGCGUGGGAUCAUUAUGUCAAGAGCGGAGAGGUGGGUGAAGCAUUUGAGAAAGUGAGCAUGGUGGAAAUUAAGAGGUGGGAGGGGAAGCUGAGAGACUCGGUGAGGGGGAUGUAUGCGGUAGAAGGUGAAGAAGGAGAGAGAGCGGAUGUGGAUGUGGAUCUGUCUACGAUCUUGCGAGCUCACUUAGCUGGACAUGCGUGA